AUGAUCUCUGACGAGCAAUACGACCAGUGUCGUCCCAUCUUAGAAGAUGCGGCAAUAGAAGAAGAGGACAAGAUAGAGCGCCUAGAGGAGUUACUGGGCAAGGUGUGUGGUCUGAAGGGUUCUGCCCUGGAAAAUGCUGUCCUUGACGCGUUAUGGAAACAUCGAAAUGCUCAACGAGGGGAGUCGGCUGAAACUCCCCUACGACACCAUGUCAUUCGCAAGUCAUCUCCCGCUCCGUGGCAGCUCAAUCGUGCCCCGACACCCUUAGGAUCCCCCCCUCCGCUGUCGUCCAGCCCCGCCAUGUCGGCGGGCUUUCCAGCCUCUCGGCCGAGCUUCUCCCGGCAGAAGUCCAGCAUGCAGUCACCGUUCGUCUCCCCCCGACCUUCGCCACGACUUGCUAUGGCCCAACCGAUACCCCACAGCCCUAGUCUGAACGCAUACGAGUUCUCCGACGCCAGCCCAGCACCCGACAUCUAUGGAGAUUACGGGCAUGAGAAUGUGGACUGGCUUCUUGCUGACGAGACAGCCAGCAAUUCUUCCACAGCCACUGGUGGCCUCAGUGCCGCUGCGCCGGAAUGGGUUCCUCAACCCGACAUGAGUCCAUACGACAUUCUACGCUCCGUACUGGGCGACCGCAAGACCGACGAUGAGAUCGAGCAGGCCCUAAACAAGAACUCGUACGACUUGGGAGCCACCAUCGCCUCUUUGCUGGGGACAGACACUGCGGAUCAGCAAUAUACCGGCGUGCCAACCACGGAAGCCGGGGUGCUUGUCGGCAAAUCUAUGGCAGUCCAUCCGGUUCGUCCCGCCUCUCCUAGCGCCCACAAGAGCCCUAUAGUCUGCAAGUACUGGCUGGCUUCGGGCUCUUGCCUCCGUGCCGACUGUCGUUUCGCACACGACACCAGUGCCUAUCUAUGCAAAUACUGGAUGAACGGUAAUUGUCUUGCCGGAGACGCUUGCCAGUUCUCUCACGACCCGGCCCUGUUGAUGAACCAAGUUACUCUCAGCGACAGCACUGCUACCCAGGCAUUCCAGCUUCAAGACCAAUAUGAUCAGUUUCCUGCACUAGGCCACUCGAACGCGAGGAGUGCGCUUCAGGCUGGCUUGAUAGCUGGCAACAACUUCGUGCCUUCCAACCAGAGGAACCGGGGUACUUUGGGCGUGGGUCCUGCUUCUCGGCCUCAUUCUCGACCCAAUUCGCGUCACCAAAACCGACCCGAGACACCUUCCUCGUUGUCCAUGGACGACCCCGACGCUUUCCCUACCUUGGGCUCGGCCAAACGAGGAGCCAAGCACCAUGGACACCGGUCGAGACACGGCCAUGGAAGCGCAGAGAAGGAAACCCCUUCUUCGCUCGCUGACGUGGUCCGCAUGUCACCAUCACCAGCACUCGGCCAACAACGUAAGGUCGAGACAGGGCGAAAGAUUAGAACGUACGGUGGGUCUGAGAGCGCAGCAGCACGUAAAAUACCCGAGCCUCAGCAUAUCCCAUGGCUGGAGACUGGUGCUCGUGCCAAUCAGCAAUACCUCAAAUACAGACAGGAGGCAAUCAAGCAUGGCAGCAUACGCAAUAAGUUCCUGCAAAGUGCGGCCCAAGCAUGGAACCGCAAUGACGCUCGCGCCGCCAAAGCUCUGUCCCUCCGGGGCCAAGCAGAAAACGACGCCAUGCGCAAAGCCCAUCGCGAGGCGGCUAAAGCGCUGUAUGAAGAACGCAACAGGCAUCUCUCUACGUCCCGUGUUGACGACGAAGAAGAACUCUACAUCGAUUUACAUGGUCUCCACCCAGAAGAAGCAAUCGAAUACCUCGAGAACAUCCUGCUCAGCCACUCCAACACAGGCCGACGGAUUAUCUACGCCAUCACAGGCACCGGCCACCAUAGCAAGAACGGAAAAGAUAAGGUCGGCAAAGGCGUGCGCAACUGGUUGAAUGAAUGGGGAUAUACCUUUCGCGAGUUUAGUGUGCCCGGUGAAAGGGGAGGAUAUAUUGGUGGUGUCUUGGGCAUUGACAUCACGAGUUAUAGACGGCAGCCCGUCUCUGCUGACGAGAGAACUGAAGGUGAGGAAAACACAAGCCCGACACCCGCUGUGGCGACCCCUGUCGGGACGAAGAUCCAGGUACUGAAGCGCGACGAGGUGCCCGCAUGA